UCACUUGCACUCCUCGCUUUCUUCCCUUCCUUCUCUAACCAUCCAUUGGAUGAUCUCUCUCUCUCUCUCGUGGCUUCCUCCGCCUGAUCAGGAAUUCCAUGGAAAGCGGAGUACUUUUCUAGCAAACUGAGCUCCCUCUCGAGUCCUUCUUCGCCUUUGCUUGUUCUAUGUCCGAUUCUUGAGCUGACGGAUCAACGACGCACGGCGGAGAGAAUCAUGGUAUAUGCAACGCGGCGAUGACCCCCGAUUGCUGCCUCCUCCACCAGCACCACUGCGUAUCUGGUGGAUUCACAUCGCGCUGCGGCCGACCCCAUUUCCAUGCCCUCCGAGGACCAUUGAAAGAGAAACUCGACUCCAUGGCCGACGACGACGAGCCCUCCCCUGCCCCGCAGGACGAACGCAGAGACGAUGACGACUUCUCUCCGGCCACAUCCGCCGAUUGGCUCCGAUUAGCCCUCGCACCACCACCUCUUAACCUUCCUUCCCCCGCCGCUGCCGCCGCCGGCUCUAGCGGUGGCCCCGAGCGGAUGAGGAUACCUUCCGUCUCCUCCUCUCCGGCUAUGUUCUCGCCGUUUCCAGCAGUUUGGCCAGGAAAUAGCGCCAGCGGCUUCCCCAUCCCGCCGCCGGUUGAUAUGGCGGCCCCUCUGGUGCCGUGGGUGGGCCCUCAUAGGAGAGAACCGCCGCCGCAAUAUUGGGGGCGAUUUUGGAAUGUUGGCAAUGCGAAUCUCGCCCUCGGCGGGGGUUCCGCUCUGAUGCUACCGCCGGCAAUGCCGGAGUUUGUUGCGAGGCAGCUCGUGCACCCGACAGCGAGCUCGGCGGUGGCGCCGCCCCUGCCGGUGAGGGUUGUCAGCCCGCCGAGAAGACCGCAAUCUGGCGUUUGGUUCACGCUUCAGGCGAUGAGAAACCAUGGGAGGGAGCCUUUUUUGCCACAGAUACCAAAGAGCUACUUGAGGAUCAAGGAUGGAAGGAUGACAGUUAGGUUGCUGAUUAAGUACUUGGUGAACAAGCUGGUUUUGGAGGAUGAAUCUGAGGUCGAGAUUACAUGCAGAGGCCAAACGCUUCUUCCCUCGUUAUCGUUGCUACAUGUUCGAGACCACCUCUGGCGCUCGAGGGAGUCACCGUCAGCGACGCUGCUCCAAGACUCGAUCAACCCCGACCACAUCAUGAUGUUACACUACGGUAGAAGAAGACCGUCCUCAUGCAUGAUUUAAUUUAACUCUCAGCCCCCAACCACAAAUUUUGUAACACUCUUCUGAAUGACCUACUUUUGGCUUUGGUCAUCUUGAUUCAUUGAGAGAAAUAGCUUGAAAGUGUUAUUUUUUUUCCAAGCGAAACAUCAAGCUGCGUAUGCUACUUACACGCUGUGUUUGAUCCUUGUAUCAUAAUUUUACUAACUCAA